AAACUGUACCUUUGAUGAGAACUACUGUGGAUGGCGUGACAUGUUAACACCGUCGAAUGAACAAGUCAGUUGGCACCGAAAGAGAUCUGGAAACCACAGCCAAGGAACUGGACCGAGUCAAGAUCACACAGGAGGUGGAUUUUACAUUUUCAUCGAGAAACAAAAACUUGCCCAGGGGAAUCAGUUUGCACAGCUGUUGAGUCCCCUCAUCCGGGGCCCGAAAUGUCUCCGUUUCUAUUACUACAUGUAUGGAAGCAAUACUGGAAAUCUUGAUGUGUUACUCUGGCCUCGAGAGCAGCAAGACAAUUACUUGAUGUGGCGAAGGUCCGAUAAACAGGGUAAUCAAUGGAUGAAGGCUAGUGUCGAUGUUGGCUACACUGGCGAGUCUCAGGUAGGCAGAGAACUAUUAAACUAGUGAACUAGUAAAGUAGUUUGCGAUAAUUCCAGUUUCUCAUAUGAGAAAUGCCAGAUCUGUAGAUGAUUCACUAUUAGCAAGCUGAUAGAUUAAUUAUCUGUAAUUUUUUCUCAUGGUGGAUGUUUAAUACAUUUGGGUUUUAUUGAUGGGUCGUUUUCUUUAAUUCGUUCGUUGUCUGUUCGUUGUUUCGUUUAUUGAUUUUGAA